AUGCCGAAACCGCUCAGUUAUCCGGGUACAAUCCGACCUUCGCCCCUUCCUCCGCACGUCGCUUUCAGGUUCAAGCCACCAACCCUCUUCCCUCCUUUGACACCAGGGACCAUGUCACAAUCCAAGUCGGCGAGCGUGUUCCACGCUCUUGGCUCUUAUGCCGAUCGCAUCAAGCCCGAGCAAAGUAACGGCAACAGCCGAUCCAAUUCGGACUCGUCGACCCCGUUGCCGUCGCCAGCAGCCGGUCGCUCCACCGAGCACCACGAGGACGACGACGCCGGCUCGUGGGAGACCGUGUCGACGAUCCGGCACAAGAAGCGCUCCGAGCGCAACCCGGAGCGUACGGAGCGGCAAGAGGACAAGGGGCGGUCUAACUCGCGCAACUGGCGCGAGCGCGGUGACGACAAGACGACGUCCACGACGGUCGCUGACAAAGACAAGGAUGUCAGCGGCAAAAAGGGCGCCUCUGCCUCUGCAGCCUCGUCGUCCAAGGCCGCGACGCCCCGCGCAUCAGCCGCUGGCACACCAACCAAGUCUGCAUGGGCCGCGACGGGCCCUGCCAGUCCGCCCACGCCCUCAAGCGUGGCUGCCGACACCACAUCCGCGCCAGCCGACAAACCAGCCGAGCUGGAAGCCAACCAGAGCGGCGAAAAAAGAGGACAUUCCCAUAAGCCCUCUGCUGACAAGGCGCCUACCAAGGCGGACGAGGAGGACAACUGGCGUCGCAAAGAGCCCGCGCCCAUGCCCACGCCUGCCGCUGCACCUGCCCCUGCUCCCACCCCGGUGCCAGCGGUGCCAGCCAAGGCUGCGCCACCUCCGUCGGUCAACGCGUGGAACUUGAGAAAGAAGCAACAACCUGUCUCAUCAGCGUCGACCUCGAAAGAGCCAACACCGGCCCAGGCCACUACCAAGGCUGCUAAGCGUGCCGCAUCGGCCACCACUGUCGUCGUCGCUGAGGCGUCGAUGGCUGCGGCGGCUUCCUCGCAACCAGCCGAGAGCAAGGACGCCAAGCCAUCGGGCAAGAAGCUGAAGAAGAAGGGCGCAGACACACACGGCGGUGACGCGACCGCUUGGCCUGAGGUCUCGCUUUCAGCAGAGGCCAAGUCUGGGGACAAGAAGGGCAAGCACGCCAAGCAGUCAAGCGACUCGACGAUUGACGACGGACUGUCGGCUCAGGGUGGCAGGAAGCAAAAAUGGACGAAAAUGUCGGCGUCUGAACUGCAAGAGGCGGCGGAUAAGGUGGCGGCCGAGACAAGCAGGCGGCAAACCAAGCACAAGCAAAGGCUUCGAGAGGGCGGUGACGAGCCUGUCAAGAAGGGUGUCAACAAGCAGAGGGCACAGCAGGAUAAGAUGGCGGCGCAGAAACCACCCCGUACGCAUCGGUCAGGCUCACACGGCAGCUCGACACUGCCACCACUGACUGUGUCCAACGGUCGACUGGCGCCGGGGAGUGCGUGCAGCGAGGUUGGAGAUGCUGCGAACGGCGAUGUGCAUGCGGGCGCCAAUGGUUCGGCCAGCGCACCCCUUUCCAGGCAUGGGAGCAACCCCGGGACGCCGGUUAAGCGACCGUCGCCCCGCUCUGGAUCCACGCCGCUGUCGCCAGAGUCUGGUGCGGCGCCGCUCUCCCACCACUUUGGCACUGCGCCUCGACGCGGGCGGGACCGCGAUGGCCGGGGAGGGUACGGUGGUCGCGGCCGCGGUGGGUACCACCGCUCUGCGUCGAACACGCCCAUGAACCGGAUGUUCGACUUGUCGCCGGUUGGCACGAACGCGAACCUGUACGCGGCGGGGUACGGCAUGGGUUACGGGUACUACCCGAUCCCCGCGAGCAUGGUGAACAUGGCGAAUGUGGCAGCCGUGUCGGGCUUUGACGCGACGCAGGUCCAGUAUGCGUUGUUCCAGCGCAACAUGCCGCCACCGCCGGUCCCGGUCACGUCGGUGCCAAACAUCGACCCGCUGCGCUACUGGGUACUCGGACAGGUCGAGUACUACUUUUCGAUCCAGAACCUGGUCAUGGACUUUUUCCUGCGGCAGCAGAUGGACGCCGAGGGCUGGAUCGAGAUUGCGAUGAUUGCGAGCUUCAACCGGAUCAAGACGCUUACGGCCGAUGUCGCGAUUGUGACGGAGGUGAUGGGGCUUAGCGACCUGCUCGAACUCGACGGCGAGCGGGUGCGCCUUGGCAACAGCGAGUGGCGCCGCUGGGUGUUACCGGACGCCCAGCCGGUCAACGCACUGGGGGCGUUGAGUACGAGCCCGAAGAAGAGCGGCGAGACCGAGGUCUCGCACGGUAUCCCGCCAAAUGUCAACUUUACGGACGACGGCGACGGGAGCACGCUCGGUAUCGAGGAUGUGCCGACCUCGCCUGUUCCCAAGUUUGACGUUGAGAACGCGCUCCUCCGCCAGGGUGGGAGUGCGGCUGUGAGCUCGAGCGCGAGCGUGCUUGCCAGUGACGAGGGCAAGUUUAGCAUGACGCCGGGGACGAGCGUUGCGGAGAACGAGAGCGAGGCGGGCGACAAGUAG